UAUGAACUUCAUACUUGCAUGAAAUAAGGCUCCAUUCAGAUCAUUUCUUUGCCCUCUUCUUCCAACGCCAUCAUGGCCAUCAAAUCACCCCGUAAGAACUCAGAGCAGCUUCCACUUCGAGAAAUACCAGGUGGGUAUACCUAUGCCGGCUCCUCCUUCUUUGGAGCCAUAAAAGACAGAUACGACUAUUUCUACAACCAAGGCGGCCAAGACAACUUCUUCCUUGCCAAACUCCGAAAGUACAACUCCACCGUCUUCCGUUCCAACAUGCCGCCCGGCCCUUUCAUCUCGAGAGACCCUAGGGCCGUCCUCCUCCUCGACGCCGCGGCCUUCCCCAUUCUCUUCGACAACUCCAAGGUCGAGAAAAAGAACAUCCUCGACGGCACUUUCAUGCCCUCCACCGCCUUCUUCGGCGGCCACCGCCCCUGCGCCUUCCUUGAUACCACCGAGGCGUCACAUGCGGCGUUGAAGUCCUUUUUCUUGUCAACCUUGGCCGGCCUCCACAAAAGCUUCCUCCCGCUCUUCACCGCCUCUCUCGGAGCCCUUUUCGUCAACUUGGAAACCGAGCUGUCCCGGAAGGGGAAAGUGGGUUUCAACAAUGCUAGUGAUAGGAU